AUGAGUAAAGACAGUAAUAAUAAUGCGGACAUGCCAGGUGCCGUAAUUGCAUUCCUCAGCCUCUUUUUGAUGCUUGUCGGUAUGGCGGUAGUAACGAUGAUUUAUCACGGAAUAUGGCCCUUCGAGAAAAUCCACAACGAGCUAUACGGCGUAUCGGAUAUAUCUGACCCUUACGAGCGGUUCCCGGCGAAAGACCAGUAUUAG